AUGACCGAACAAGAAGGAAAAUCAACUAAAUUACUUUUGGUUGGAGAAACAGGUAGUUGUAAAAGUUCAUUUGGUUAUUUCAUUUUAAAGAAGAAUGUUUUUAAAGUGAAUAGUAAUCCUAAUUCAAUAGCACAAGAGACGAAGGAGUGUUAUGGAGAAAGUAAUAGAAAAAAAGAAAUUGUUCGUCAGAUGGUAGAUUAUAUUAAAGAACAUAAAGAAAUACAAGGGAUUGUUAUUUGUUCAGAUUUUAAUUAUCUUAGAUCAUCUAAUCUUAAAAGAAUGAUUAAAAUGACAUGUAUAUAUUGUAUGGAUUAA